AUGGCAGAUCCGUCUUCUUCGUCACCAUCGUUUUCCUCUUCGUCUUUUCCAGAGGGGUCGCCUCAGGAACAGACAGACGCGGACAGCUGGAUGCCUGCAGACGGCCAAUGGGCGGCGUUCGGGGAACGGUUCAGAGACGGAGGUCAACCAAAGAAGAAGCAGAGCGGCUCCGACCGGCGGCGCGCAGAGAGGCGCGCGGAACACAGGGCUGCCAAGCUUCUUGCAGAAGCAAAGGAAAACCGAGAAGAGGAUUCGUUGAUCCCUUCAGAGGGGGAGGGUGGAGACGCCGCGGAAAAACGAAAAGAUGGCAAGGAGAGGUCAGGACGAGAAGGCCAGAAAGCCAAGACCGAUGAAGUAGACAGAGAGGAGCAGGAAAUGCUGAAGCUGAGCCGCGAGGGCGACCUCGCGGGCCUCAAGCGAAUGCUCGGCGUGGAUAGUCAGACACCCCACCAAGGCUUCAAAUGCGCCUCAGACAAAGUCUUUCUCCUCAACUGCAAAGACAGCCUUCAACGGACCCCACUCCAUCUCGCCGCUUUCGAAGGCCACGCGCCAGCGGUGAGACUCCUUCUGCGAUGCGGCGCGAGCGCGAAGACGACCGCCCAAGACGGAUUGACGCCUCUCCACUUCGCCGCACAAAAAGGCCACACCGAAAUUCUCGAGAUCCUGCUGCGUGGCGGAGCAAACGUGAAUGCUCUAGUGAAUCGGGGGCGCCGAUCGGCGCUUCACUUUGCCUGCAAACGUGGGCAUCUGAAAGCCGCGCUCGUCCUCGUUCAAUACGGGGGGGAUUUAGAGCUGAAGAACGCGCAGGGCGACACGCCGCUGGCUGGCUUGAGUGAGGAGAUCCAGGACCUGCUGCGCCAAGGUGCAGCGACGGCAGUUAGGCGGGGAACGGUAUCGAGCAACCAGAAGAAACGAAAGGCGCGAGAGCGCGAGGAGGCGGAAAAAGAAGGCCACAGUGAGGAAGGGAUGAAGGACGAGGUCGCCCCUCAGGGAGAAGCUGAGCGGUCCGCGAGUUGUGAGAAAAACCGGACGAGCGAGGCAAGAGUGAUUGGACCGAUGUCAAAGCAGCAGGGGGAAGGGCAAAGGAGCGACGGAGACAGCGCGAGUUCUUCCCCGGCACGCUCCCGUGCAGACGGGGGCGAUGAGACCGCCGUGAGAAAGCGGAGCAGGGAAGGAUAUGACGAGAGAGAGAGCAAAAGGGAGAGGACGUCUGCAGGAGCGGAAGCUCCAAAGCGCGCACGAGCGCCAAUCAUCUGUGCAGCCCAAGAUGACGGAGAUGAAGGUUGA